CUUCUCGAGGUCUUUCACCUGGAGAAAAACCCUAAUAAAGCUUCCACGAACCGCCUGAAAUUCCCCAAAUUCACGAGUCGACUCGCCCCCCGAAAAGGGACGAGGAAAUGCCUUUAUAUUGGAUUGUGUAUAAAAUGGAAGUUGGUUUUGUGGUUUUGGGGGAUUAGGAAUUUUCAUGGUUUUUGAAAGACUUUCAGAAGUUGAUUUUGUUAGAGAAAGUAACAAUGGAGACACCAGUUUCGGAAGGAUUGGUAUCAAAGAGGUCGUUGAGGAAGAAAGCUGGUUUGAAGAAUUAUGAUGAGAAUUUAAUGGAUGAGUUUAUAGAGAAGCAUAUAGGUGGUUCAUUUAGGAAAAAGAAUAGAACAAAGGAGGAGUUGGAGAAAGAAACUGAAACUGAGGCUAUGAUAGCAUUAUCUUUGGGGUUCCCCAUUGAUGCGUUACUUGAGGAGGAAAUUAAAGCAGGGGUGGUAAGAGAAUUAGGUGGAAAGGAGCAGAAUGAUUAUAUUGUUGUUAGGAAUCAUAUCCUUACUCGGUGGAGGAGUAAUGUACAUAUAUGGUUAUCGAAGGGACAGAUAAAAGAAACUGUGAGUAAUGAAUAUGAACAUUUGAUGUCUGCAGCUUAUGACUUUCUUCUGUAUAAUGGCUAUAUUAAUUUUGGAGUAUCACCAUCAUUUUCCUCUUACAUGUCAGAGGAGGCAAAUGAGGGUUCUGUGAUAAUAGUUGGAGCUGGACUUGCUGGCUUGGCAGCGGCAAGGCAGCUGUUGUCAUUUGGUUUUAAGGUUGUUAUCUUGGAAGGGAGGAAUCGACCUGGCGGAAGAGUUUAUACUCAAAAGAUGGGUAAGAAGGAUAAACAUGCUGCUGUGGAUCUUGGUGGCAGUGUAAUCACUGGUAUCCAUGCCAAUCCUCUUGGAGUUCUGGCUAGGCAACUUUCUAUUCCACUUCAUAAGGUACGAGAUAAUUGCCCUUUGUACAGACCUGAUGGCAUGCCUGUUAAUAAGGAAAUUGACUCCAGGAUUGAAAUGAUCUUUAACAAGUUGCUUGACAAAGUCAUGGAAUUGAGACAAAUAAUGGGUGGAUUUGCAAAUCAUAUUUCUCUGGGAUCAGUUCUGGAAAAGCUCAGGCAGUUGUAUGCUGUGGCUAGAAGUGAAGAGGAGAGAAAACUUCUUGAAUGGCAUCUUGCUAAUUUAGAAUAUGCAAAUGCAGGAUGUCUUUCUGACUUGUCAGCUGCCUACUGGGACCAGGAUGAUCCUUAUGAGAUGGGUGGAGACCAUUGUUUUCUUGCUGGAGGGAAUUGGAGAUUGAUAAAAGCAUUAUGUGAAGGAAUUCCCAUAAUCUAUGGGAAAACUGUUGAUGCUAUUAGAUACGGGAAUGAAGGGGUUGAGGUUGUUGCUGGUGAUCAAGCAUUCCAAGCAGAUAUGGUUCUUUGCACUGUGCCUCUUGGAGUCUUGAAGAGAAAGACCAUUAGAUUUGAACCUGAGUUACCUCAAAGAAAGCUAGCAGCAAUUGAGAGACUGGGUUUCGGGCUCCUGAAUAAAGUUGCCAUGGUUUUCCCCCAUGUAUUUUGGGGAGAAGACCUAGAUACAUUUGGAUGUCUCAAUGAUACCAGCAAUAAUCGUGGAGAGUUUUUUUUAUUCUACAGCUACCAUACCGUUUCUGGAGGUCCAGUGUUGAUUGCGCUGGUGGCUGGUGAAGCUGCACAAACAUUUGAACGCACUGAUCCUUCACUCUUGCUCCUUCGUGUUUUAAGCAAACUUAGAGCUAUAUAUGGUCCAAAAGGUGUAGAUGUGCCUGACCCUGUACAAACAAUUUGUACAAGAUGGGGAAAUGACCCCCUUUCUUAUGGUUCAUACUCUCAUGUUAGAGUACAGUCCUCUGGUGGAGAUUAUGAUAUACUUGCAGAAAGCGUGGGAAACAGGUUGUUCUUUGCUGGUGAAGCCACAACUAGGCAAUAUCCUGCCACCAUGCAUGGUGCCUAUUUGAGUGGCUUAAGGGAAGCUUCGCGUAUUCUUCGAGCCACAACAAUUCGCCAAAAUAAUAUUAGGAGGUCUGUGCAGCAGAAUGUUGGAACAAGCAGCAAGGUGUUGGUGGAGCUGUUCAAGAGGCCUGAUCUAGCAUUUGGGAACUUCUCAUUUGUAUUCAAUCCGUUAACAGAAGACACUAAAUCACUGGGGCUCUUGAGAGUUACUUUUGAUAAUUGCAAAGCUGAUAUGAGAAGGGUUUUGGAAAGCAGCAGUGGACCCCUAUCAAAUCAACCCUUGCAACUUUACACAACAAUAUCUCGUGAGCAGGCACAUAAGCUUGAGCUGGUGACCGGAGAAAAUGAAAGUAAGUUGGUCUAUUUGAUAAAUAAUCUUGGACUAAAGCUUAUGGGAGCUAAUGCCCUUGGAAACAUAGGUAACUCCUUGGUUACUAGCAUUGCUAAUGCAAGGAGAGGUAAGGGCAGGAAUCGCAUAUAUACUCCACAGCAAAGUAAAGUCUAAACAUGCUAUUGGUGUCAUUGCAUUGUGUAUCUCUUCAGCAUGAACUCUUGAUGCAUACUAGCACUCCCUGAGAGGAAGGCUGGAAGGAUAGUGUGUCUUCUCCGGUGCAUGGUUCUGUACAUAAUCUAGCCUGGUAGUUUGUCAAUUGACUUCAAGAGUAAUGACUUCAUCAGAGUUAGAUCAGAGUUAGAACUACUCAAUUCUUUCUUAGCUGAAGCACAUUUUUGUACCUGUUGAUGGCCAAAACGGUACCUGAUUGUGGGACUCAUUGGUCCAUCAUGUAGCUGUAGCAGAUUUCAGUCGGAAAUUCUACAUGUACUAAGCAGCAUAUUAAAGCUGAGGUAAACAAUCCAGAAAAUCCUAAGAGAUCGAAAGCCAUGUAUUUCCAUAUGCAGACUCCAAGUUAAAACUUGUAUUUUGUAUUUUUUUUCCUAGGCCAGUAUGGUUCUCUGUUGUAUCGUGUAUGUUUUGUAUAUAAACCUUUCAUCUUUGGUGCAAAUAUACAUAUUUCCCCUCCAUA